UUUGAGUGCAAUGGAUGAAGUUGUUAUAGAUUUGAAUUUAUUUUGUGAUUUUUUCUUUACAUUUCAGAUGCAAGCUAGCAAGAAAUACAAUGCAGCAAUAGACUGGUGGGCAUUUGGGAUGAUACUCAAUGAAAUGGCCACUGGUAGAUCCCCUUUUGAGAGCAACCAACAGGAUGUGAGAAGUUCCAAGCUCACUGAUAAGCCGGUGUUUCCUGAGUGGAUGAGUGAAACAUUGCAAGAUCUCCUGCAGAAGCUUCUGAAGAAAAGACCACACAAACGUCUUGGAGUGAAUGGAAAUAUAAGGGAACAUCCACUCUAUAAGAAAAUCAGUUGGGAAGAUGUUGAACGUCAAAGGAUUCCACCACCGAUCCGACUGGAAGAUGUGAGUUAAUGAUUAUGGAAAGUAAUUCUUUC